AUGGCAUCUCAGGAUACUUCGAUUGCCCUCGUGGUGACGACAACUGUCUUCUCGACGAUUGUAUUUCUCGCCCUUGCUCGCACACUUCUGUACCCGGUUCAACCAAAGACCCUACGCAAUCCGCUCAAAGAGGGCGUCUAUGACAAAAGCAAUGCCGAUAAAGUGAAGAAUCUCGUGUAUCAACCGGAUCAGUUCCCUGGAGCUCGCGAUGUUGAAACCCCAUAUGGAAGUAUCCGUGUCUACGAGUUUGGUCCUGAGGAGGGCGAGAAGGUCCUCUUUGUCCAUGGCAUCAGCACUCCAUGCGUCACUCUUGCUCCAAUAGCUCUUGCUCUUGCAAAACGAGGCUAUCGUAUCAUGCUCUUUGAUCUCUUUGGCCGUGGCUUCUCUGAUGGUGUAGCUGACAUCCCCCACGACGCUCGUCUCUAUGUCUCCCAAAUGCUUAUGGUCCUGGCAUCUAGCCCUCUCGCAUGGACCGGCACAAACGGCUUCCGCCUUGUGGGCUACUCUCUUGGUGGUGGCAUCGCUAUUCACUUUGCAAACGCCUUUCCACAUCUUGUACGCGAUCUCGUCCUUCUCGCCCCCGCAGGUCUUAUCCGCGCUGCCUCUUUUGGUCGUGUCUCUCGCUUCCUGUUCGUCUCUGGUCUCGUUCCCGAGCGUCUUCUCGCUAUCGCUACGCGACGUCGUCUUCAGAAGCCCAUCGCCGCCUCAGCGAGACCAGCUCGAGAGACACCCGUUGAUACUAUCGCCACGCCGACGCUCAACGUCGCAGAGGCAGAAGUAGUUCCAGUAUCAGGCGCGGCCGUUACGCCGCUGGAGCAUCGUGUUAUGGAAUACGUGCGCUGGAUGGUCACUCACCACAACGGUUUCGUCCCAGCUUUCAUGUCAAGCAUUCGUUUUGCGCCCCUAAUGGAACAGCACGAUGCCUGGGCCAAGCUAUCUAUGCGCGCACCUGGCACUACCGCCGUUCUAUUGGCCACCUCCGACGAGAUUAUCAGCGCAGUUGAUUAUCGUAAGGAGGCACUCUCUCUCAUUGGUGGCGAGGACCACGUGCGCUGGCGCGUCCUACCUGGCAGUCAUGACUUUGUCAUGACUCAUCCCCAGGAUAUACUUCGCGAGAUUAAUGACAUGUGGGCAACCAAGGAAUAG